UAGAGUUCAUUGUGAAUUGAUUUCUUUGAAUUUGAGCCAAUUUUGUGUGGCAGCGUACAUAGGAGCGACGUAAUCGAGGUGGGCAAUUGAAUAAAUGUUAUAUUUGACUGGGUUAUUUAAAUAACUUUCAAUUCAAUACGAGCAGUAAAUACUUGGUCAUUUCAAUUCAUUGGGUGGUUGGUUAGUGAAUGUGAGCUUGAUGAAUGGCUUUUGUUAAAACUGUAUGAUUCAUAACUUCAUUUAUUCUUUUUGGAGUUUUUGUAAUAUCUGGUUUUUAAAGAUUAAGUUUUCUUGGUGGAGCCAUGUAUGAGUGAUUUGAUUCAAGAACUAGUUUGGAAUCGGAUGGCCUUCAAAUGAAGAAUAGUAAUUUGAUAUUGUUUCAUAGUGGUUCAUGAGCUGCACAGGAAAGCAAAUAUUUAAAUGGACUGGAUUGGGUUGGCAUGUAGACUUUUGAGGUCUCACCGCCCUCCCUCCAUCUUUCACUCUAUAGAUAUAUAGCUAAGUUCUUCCUUCCCCUCCGUGUGUAGAUCUUGUAAUUGUCUAGUGCCGAAGGCAUGUAUAAGAACCAGUUGCAAGAAUUAGCUCAGAGAAGCUGCUUCAACUUGCCGUCUUAUGUCUGUAUACGGGAAGGACCAGACCAUGCCCCUCGUUUCAAAGCAACAGUCAACUUCAAUGGGGAAUCAUUUGAGAGCCCGACCUUUUGCAGUACCCUCAGACAAGCAGAGCAUGCAGCGGCCAAGGUUGCUCUUAAUAUGCUCUCCAAAAAAGGCCCUUCUAAGGCACUGGCUGCAAGAGUUUUGGAUGAAACUGGAGUUUACAAGAAUCUGCUUCAAGAGACUGCUCACAAAGCUGGAUUGAAAAAUCCAGUUUAUACUACAGUUCGAUAUGGGCCAAGCCAUGUUCCUGUUUUUUCUUGUACCGUAGAACUUGCUGGAAUAAGUUUUACAGGAGAACAAGCUAAAACCAAGAAGCAAGCUCAGAAAAAUGCAGCAAUGACUGCAUGGUCUGCCUUGAAAGAGUUGUCAAAGCCCGGCUCUUCUUCCUCUUCCUAUUCUUCUCAUCCUUUACGAGUAUUUGAAGGCAAUGAUGAACAAGAUCAAGUAACUGUUGCUCGUUAUCUUUCUAUACUGCGACCACCAGUGAUAAAGAAGUUAGCACGAAGAGACCGGCAGUCUGGUCCAGGCUCUGCUGCUUUUCAGGGGGAUAUUGUCCAAUAUGGUGGUGAUAGUAAUGGUAGUAUUAGAUCAUUGCACUCUUUGGAGUGCCAAAAGUGGGCAUACUCUCACUUUUUCCGAGAAGUGCCCUUGUACCCAACUUGGCUCCAACAAAGAGCAUCCCAACAGCAGAACCAUUUAUUGGCACUUGCAUCUUUACCACACCCUCAUAUUUUCCCAUUUAUUCAGUCCAUAUUCCAGCCAAAUUAUCAACGGCAUUGCCUAGCACAGGAGCAAGAACCUGUCUCCCUUGUUCCAGGAAUCAGUCAAUUUCUCCGUUUGGCAAGUCAUCCAAUGCCUAUACAAGUUAGUAAUGUCUCCCAGGUCUCCAUGCGACAGAUAGAGGAAAACCCUCCGGUGGAAAAGAAGCGGCUUCAUAGUGAUGGAGAUUCUGAUGAGUUCUCAACAAAUGCAUCUGGUCUGUCUCCAGUUAAAGUUCCUAAUUCUCUGGCUUCUCUAAAGGAUCAUUCUGAACAGAGGAUGCAAGAAAUGCUACAGGGAAAUGAAAAAGUAAAUUUCUGCAUGCGCCAGCAUUACUUGCUUUCACCCAGACUCACAGAUGAAAGAUUUAGACCCGGAGUUAUCAGCACUGCUGAGGUCAAAGAAAACCCACACAGCCUGAUCCACUUGAUGCCUAGUAACAGACCACAAAACAUUCCAGUGGAUGGUUUUGUACCAUGUACAACUGCAGUUCCUGUGACAGGUACAACAUCUGGUUUUAUAUCGACUUGUGGUCUCAGACCAAAGAGUUCAAGCCCUUUUAUGCAUAGUUUGACAACAAGAAAUACAAAUUCUGGUAAUUUUAUCGCACCACCUGUUCACAUCCGCACAGUUUUACCAGUCUAUUCAGCACCUCCAGCUAAGAAAACUCUGGUUAAGAGCCAAGAGGAACUAUUAACAUUUUCUGAAGGGGAGAAGAAGGGAACCAAAGAACCAAGAGGGGACAUUGCAGCUACAAGUUUGAAGUUCCAUAAGCUUCAAAUAUGAGCAGCCUGCCAGCAUGUGAUUUUUUUUUUUUUGAAAUUUAUCUAAGCGCUUUCCAUUAGUAAAUUGUGUGAAUUUUGUUUGUUGUUGAUUCAAUAUGAUACAUAUAGAGACAGAAAUAAACUGGCAAAGAAUCACAAAAUAGGAGAACCUAUUCUUUUUCA